UUGGUUUGGUAUGGCGAUUUGGCGAAAUGUUUCACAAGUGAAUGAAAGUUCAUUUUAAAUAGCUUCACUACAUUUUGUUUAAAUUUACAUACAUCUUUCUCGAAGAAACGUUAUUGGAGAUAAAAACUGUUUGAUCAUUUGAUCAAAUUUUGAACAAAGAGAAGUAUAAUCUUAGAGUGUCCAUACGGACAAAAGUUAGGACCUUUCUUUUACGUAUCUAAAAAUGGCAACAAAUGGUGUGGAUGGAGAGUCUAGUGCGGAUAGAAAUGUCGAGAUCUGGAAGAUAAAAAAACUUAUCAAAAGUUUAGAAGCAGCUAGAGGCAACGGCACAAGUAUGAUUUCCCUCAUCAUUCCUCCGAAGGAUCAGAUUGCAAGAGUCAACAAGAUGUUGGCUGAUGAGUUUGGAACAGCAUCAAAUAUAAAAAGUCGAGUGAAUCGACUGUCAGUGUUAGGUGCCAUCACCUCUGUACAGCAAAGGCUCAAACUAUACAACAAAGUUCCUCCGAAUGGUCUUGUCAUUUAUUGCGGGACAAUCAUCACAGACGAGGGUAAAGAAAAGAAAGUCAACAUAGAUUUUGAACCAUUUAGACCAAUCAAUACAUCAUUAUAUUUAUGUGACAACAAAUUCCACACAGAGGCAUUAACAGCAUUGCUAGCAGAUGACAACAAAUUUGGUUUUAUUGUUAUGGAUGGUAAUGGUGCAUUGUUUGGAACAUUAUCAGGAAACACAAGAGAAGUGCUUCACAAAUUUACAGUAGACUUGCCUAAGAAGCACGGAAGAGGAGGUCAGUCAGCGUUGCGAUUCGCCCGACUCAGGAUGGAGAAGCGACACAACUAUGUGAGGAAAGUAGCGGAGGUUGCUGUGCAGCUGUUCAUAUCAAACGACAAGCCAAAUAUCGCUGGUCUUGUGUUGGCAGGUUCGGCAGAUUUCAAGACGGAACUUAGCCAGUCGGACAUGUUUGAUCCUAGGUUACAAACCCGAGUCAUCAAGAUUGUGGACGUAUCGUAUGGUGGAGAGAAUGGAUUCAACCAAGCUAUAGAACUCGCCUCAGAUUCACUAGCUAAUGUCAAAUUUAUCCAAGAAAAAAAAUUAAUAGGUCGUUAUUUUGAUGAAAUAUCACAGGACACGGGGAAGUUUUGUUUUGGUGUCGAUGACACGCUGAAAGCCAUGGAGAUGGGUGCAGUCGAUAUUCUUAUUGUGUGGGAGAAUCUCGACAUGCAACGGUUUACACUGAAAAAUCACCAAACAGAUGAUGAAAAAAUUCUCUUUCUCAAACCUGAGCAAGAAAAAGACAAAACAUACUUCACAGACAAGGACACGGGUGUUGAAUUGGAACUGGUGGAACAGAUGCCUUUAUUAGAAUGGUUUGCAAACAAUUACAAGAACUAUGGUGCCACUCUUGAAAUCAUCACUGACAGGUCUCAAGAAGGGGCACAGUUUGUCAAAGGCUUUGGCGGCAUUGGAGGCAUUUUGCGAUAUCAAGUUGAUUUCCAGGGUAUGGAAUGCAAUUUUGAUGAACUUGGUGAAGACUACGAUCUAGAUGAUUAUUAAAUCUGUAUGUGAACGCGAGUAACAUUGAAACCUUGGUCACGACACUGAAGAUCACUCAAGGGACCCAACUCUACAGCCUUCUAAACUGCAGCAGAGUACUGCUGUGUCAUGCUUUGUACUCCGCAAAACUGAUUUUUAUCUCAGGAUCUUGUCCUUAGUUGUACGAUCAUCAUUAAAUUGUUUCUUACAGAUCUUUCAUUGUGGGAAGUAAGUCAUAGCAGUGUGCUAUACAUUAUGGAUUUUGGAAACUUUAUUUUGGAUACAUGCGUUUGGAGUAGUUGUGCUAGGAGAAGGAAAAGUGGUCUGGUUGGUGAAAUUACAGAAAUCAAUUCCAUAACAAAUUUGGUUUUGAUGGCGUCUGAAGAUAUUUUAUGUAACCAUGUGCCAGACGUUUCUGCUUUCAUUCUGUUACAGGACUGGGAUUUUUUUUUUUUUUUUUUUUUUUUUAUUUUUUUAAAGCUCUUGGACUCGUAGGAAUAUACUAUAUUACUGUUAUUAUCAAAACACUUCUGUUGCAUCUUGUGUUAUUUCAGUGUAACAAAAAGAAUUAUAGCUUGUGGAUCUAUUAAUGUUUUAUAAUAAAGUAGCAUGUUCCACUUUUCCAACAUGUCCUGCAAAAGAUUUGUAUUUUAGUUAUCCAUGGAUCUGUAAAAACAUUAACCCAAAUGUCCCAAUUGUUAUUUUUAAAAUAGAUAUCACGUAAGCAUGUAUGCUAUAUGAAAUAUAAAUGACUUGAAAAUUUUAUUUUGCUUGUGUACUUGCUCAAGAUUUUAAUUAUUUGACGCGUUAUGGUGGGGAAGUGGGAAGUUUUUAUUGUUUGGAAUAAUGGGAAGGGCUUUUUUUGCGAAUGAUAGGAAAAAUAUAAGUAUUUAUAUUCCCUCCAGUAGUCGUUGAUGAUUUUUACUUGGUAACUAUGGUGAAGGUUUAUUUGUUACACUGAAAUUAAAACUAGAUAUGAUGGUGGGGUUUUUUCCCCUAACAUUGUUGAAGCAUGCAAGAUUAAAAGCUGUGCUGUUGCUUUCAGCCGAAAUCACUGAGCUCACUGUGUUUACCUAUUGAAGAACAUUUCUCAAUGAUCCUAAGAAGAUUCUGUUCAACAAAAACAGAAUAUUUUUUGUCUUUGGAGAAGAUCAAUCUCAAAAUGUUAACUGUAUUAAAUUUACAGUGUUGAAGAUGUGGGCCAGUCUAUUUUUUAUACAUGAAUCAGAAGUUUGCCAUUCUUUCAGUACAUGUUACAAUGAAUUAUUGAAAUUUAAUAAAAUAUUUAUUUGUCUGUCUUGUACAUGAAUGUAACAACAAGCUUUAUUGACAAAGCUUUCAAAUAAUGUUUAUUUUUGUUGCUUAAGUAAUAUAUAUAUUUCUGUUUAUUUAAAAAAAAAUUGUUAAUAUUAUGGAUUUUUUUUUUAAACACUAUUUCACAAGCAGUUCACAAUCCCCAGAAAAUGAUUUGUAAAAUGUUUGCCAAUAUGAGACUAGCGAGUUGAUAAAGACAUUAAAAAUUGGUUAUGGAGUUGUAAAUAGUGUUUAUGUUUGUUUUUGUAAAUAUUUGUAAAAUGUCCAUAUGCUUGGGCAAAUUGUUUUAGAACCUACAACCUACAAACUGUGGUGGCAAAAGAGGUGUUGCCAAUACUUGUCAACAUCAGCCACUUCAAAGGGAGGGAUUGGGGGUACAUAUUUACCAAUUUUUGUUUUCUAACAUUUUGCUUUUUUUAUUUUCAAGCAAAUAAGUACAAAAACAAAAGAGCAUUGUCUUAUGGGUUCUGUGUCUUUUAUUAUAAAAACAAACAUUUAUUAACCAACAUUUCAAUAACUGUUCAGAAAUUAAUUCAGAAAUUUUUCAAACACAAGUUGUGAUUAUAAUUUUCUUUUGUAGCAUUUCACUGCAGUCUUCCACAUUUUGACACAGUUAUUUACUGUUCGUUAAGUUUUAUUUUCUAGUCCAGAGAUAACAUUACCUAUAUUUUAACCUGUUUUUUUUCUUUCUUUUCUUUUUUUUUUCUUUUGUUCCUAUGAUGUAAGUGGACAAUCUGGUUAAUUCCCCGAGUCUGGACUAUUGUGGUUUGGGGAAUGCCUGUUGUAUAAUCUGGUUAAUUCCCCGAGUCUGGACUAUUGUGGUUUGGGGAAUGCCUGUUGUAUAAUCUGGUUAAUUCCCCGAGUCUGGACUAUUGUGGUUUGGGGAAUGCCUGUUGUAUAAUUUGUUUAAACUGUACAUGUUCAUGUGAGAGUGUAUAUCACUGCAUUCAUUUUGUUAUUAAAUGGAGAUGGUUAGAUGGUGUAAAAGUAAAAUGGCAAAAAGAAACAUACAUACACACCUAUCCCCUAAAAUAAAUAUCUUUUGCACUGAUAAAUGCUCAUAUCCGGAAUUAUGUAGGUGCUCUGUAAGUUUUGAUAUGUUCAGGCAGAAUGCAUUUUUAUUGCAGCCGAAAUAACAGAACCUGUAUGUAUUCUUUUCACCCAUUAGGGUUAGGAUUAGUUUCAGAAUAAGAAUUCUUGAGUAUCUUGUAACUUAAAAAUAACACAUGGUGGUGUCAAAUUAAUGUGACAGCUACUGUCACACACCCCACCCCACCCCAUAUGCUCCUUUUAUAUGUCGGUGUGUGACAGUGUUUUUGUUGUACAGGGGUCUGUACAGUCAAAUCUAUAUAAAGGAAACCUUUAUUACAACUUCUUGUCUCUAAAGAGUAUUUUAGAUGUGUCCCUUCUGCAUCUUAAAACCAUGUGAUAUACAAAGGUCAUCUGCUGACAAGUCGGUUAAUAAAAGUCCCAUGAAUGCCACAAUUGUAAAUUAAAUAAUUUACGUAGAAUAAUAAUUAUAGCAUUUGAAAUUAUUGCAAGAAUAUUUAAAAGAAAUGGCCUGAAUUAAAUCUUCCUCAAUGGGUAUACCACAAGGUUUGAAAUUUAAAAGUACAUGGUGGUGGUGGGGGGGUGGGGGGGGGCGAGGUGGUAAGUUGAGGUUUAGUACAUGUUUGGUAGAUUAUAUUGUGAACAAUUAAAAGACAUGAUAAUUUGUAUGAACCCAGUUAUGUACUGCCUGAUAGUGCAUUUAAAACAUCUCUUGCUGCUCGUGGAAAUGUUUAAUCAUGAACGUCUGUUGCACUGCAAAUGGUAUUCUCAGUAUGUUUACAUAUAUAAAUUGUCAAAUGCCCAAUAUAAUGUGUUUGGGUGCCUUAAACAUUGUCAUCAUUCAUUUAUCGAAAUAUGUAUCACAUGAUCAUCAACAACAUUUUGUUAAAUAGGGAGUAACUUGCUUAUUUUGAAAAAUAUUUUAAUUUUUGUUUGUACAAAGAUGACUUGUAGUUGAUGCUAUUAAACCAUGCUACUGUUAAGUAAUGAUUGUUAAUUUAGUUCAUUCUUCAAAAGUGCAUUCACACAGUGUAAUAUUUGAGUAUACAAUAUUAAAAUCGGCAUUCAAAGCCACUUAUUUUUGGUGAAUAAUACUACGUCAAAACACUGAAUAAAUUGCCUGUUAAAAUGAUAUACCUUGUGUAUGAUAAAAAAAGAGAGAGAGAGAGAGAGAAAUUGUCUACUUUGUUAAUAUUAUGGCUGCAACAAUGACAAAAAUAGUAGCUGGAAAGUGAAAACCUUUGUUAAAAUUCCUGAACUAUUUACCUUUGUGUCAUGCAAUAUUGAGAAGGAAAGAUAAAACAACUUUGUGUUUUGAAGUAUCACUGUUGUAGAACCUGUUUUCCCUGAACUAGUAAAAAACAUAGGAUCUUUAAAUGCUACAGAGUGUUAACUACACGUUACACUGUAAGAGCACUUCUUUUAGCUUUUAAUAAAUGUAUUUGAUGGGUAAAUACUGAAUUAAUAACAAAACAGAAAAAAUAAAAUAUGAUUUUUUAAAAUCAUUAUAGCAAAUGGUUGUUUGUAUAUCAUAUUUUGAUCACUGCACCUUUGUGUUACAUUGAUAGCCAGUGAUGCGUUUACCAAAAUCAGAUUCAUCCAAAUGGAUGUAGAUCCAUUUGGACAAUCCAGAAAGGUAUUCAUGAAAAUAAUACACAAAAUAUGCAUUAUACAACUUGAUUUGACCUGAUAAGGCAAUCCGACGCCAUAUAUCCGUAAAUAAAAUGUGUGGAGUGCGUCGUUAAAUAAAACAUUUCCUUCCUUUUUUUUGAUAAGGCAAUUUUUUAUCUUGACUGUUAAAACUCAUUCUUUUUUUGUAAUUACAUAGCCAAUUUACUGGUAUUUUAAAUAAAAUUGCCCUGUGUUUGAAGUAAUAGUACUAAGUGUGUGCAUUGGUAAUUGCUUCUGUGUUUAAAUCAAACUGACCAGAGAUUAUAAUAACAUUGUUAAAUGAGUGUAUUCAUAAUUGUACAACUUGUAAGAAUUAUUACAUGAUCUCAAAGGACAUAUAGCUGAAAUUAACUCUGUUAACCUGUUCAUUUAUUGAGCCCACUUUAAUGCUUCUCUUCUAGAACGACAUUUCUCUGUGUUAUUUAGGAUGUUAAAAUCAGUUUUUGAAAUUUUUGUGUAAGGGUUAACUAUAGCUGAUAUAGAAUCAUUUUUCUCUUGUCUAUGCAAUCAUUCUCAUUUGUUUGGUAUCAUAGGAAUUCUUUUUGACAUACCUCAAAAUAAAUUGUCAGCAUUUAAGUUUUUUCCCCGAUUUUUUUUCUUCUUUUUUUUCUUGUUUUUUUUCUUUCUUCUUUCUUUUUCAAAGAUGUGUACAAUAGUUUAAAACAGUGCAUAUAACGUUCAGUACCCAAUUGCAAACCUGUUGCUGUUCAUAUUGGGCUUUGUAAAUCUCACAUUAUCACUGGUACAGUGAUCAAGAAUUCUGGAACUUCAAAUCAUUUCAUUCUCUUUACAGUGUCCUGUUACCACUGCUGUUUGCACUUACAACUCAUAACUUCGACAUGUAGUUCUGAUUGCUUGAAUAUGUAACUGUAAACAGUCUUUAAACAUUAAUGCAGACAUUUAUGCUGGCAAAAACUAAUAAAUUUGUGGUAUUUUUUCAGAAAAGAUACUUUCCAAUAUGAUUGUAUAAAUAACAUUUCUAUUAAUAUAAAAAUCCUUCACUAAAAUAAAUGAAAAUAACAAAUUCACAGAAUAUAAUUUACUAAUACCGAAUAUUUACUCGCUUAACCAAGUCUUAUAUUUAGUACCACGACUAUGGUUGACAAUAGACACUUUCUGCACCAUCACUUUGGCUUCGUACACAACAAAUAUAACAUAUCCAAUGGUAAUUAUUUCUUAUGUUAUAUUUGAUGAUUGGUACGUUUUCCUUUCACCUUUUUCAACUUAAACUAAAUAAUUUGUCUAAAAUUAUGAAAAAUAAAAGCAUACCAACAUGUAACCUGUGUUAUCUGCUCAGUGUGCAACUUGGAACUAUUUUGACCGUCUUUAAGUAGAUUGGGCAUUUUGCUUCUUCUUUUUUAUUUGAAUGAUGUCAUUAUUCGGAUGACAUCUUCUUCAUCGCCCUACAAUAACAGUAAACUGGGUACACAACUCUUCCAUUAUCAGAAUGCCAAAAAAUGUGCAAUGCCUUUUUCUUUUUUUAAGAUUAUUUAUGCAUCUCAACUUUGUUUAAAAAAAUAAUUUAAUUUUUAAAAUUGUACCAUUUAUGAAAUAUGGAUUUGAAGUAAAAUUACAAUAUGAUAUUAAGAUAUGUUGCAUUUAUUUUGUACAAAGCCAGAAUGGUGGUGUGGAAAUUGCCUGUUGUUGACCUUAAGUUGUGAUAUUUCAGACAUGACUGAUUAUAACUGAAUAUAGUUAACAGUAAAACUAGUCUUCGCCAAUCAUAUGACCCACCAUGACCCAUGCUCAGGCCUGUAGGAAUGAUGCCUAGUAGGGGAUCUCUGGUUGGGGGAUGGGGGGCACAAGCUAUAUUAGCUUUAUUUUAUAUAGCCUAGGAUAAAAAUGUACAUUUUCUUCAGCCCUGACCCUCGCACCCCCACCCCCACCCACCCACCUCCCAAUUCCUACAGGCCUGAUGCUUAGAAAUGUACAGUUAAGUUAGUGGGGUACUCACGACCAUUUGUCAUAAAUUAAUAAUGGUUGUGAUAAUCAUAGCCUAGUCGCACGCCUGUUAAGACUAGCGUAUAAUUAUACUCAGGAGAAUUCAUGCUAGUUUUUUUAGUACAUAUUUAUGUCAUUGUGGGAAAUUGGAAAUGCUAUGUAUUAACAAGUCGGUAAAAAAGAAAACUGUUACAGCAAAUGGAAAUUUUAAAUAAAAAAAACUUGUAGGUCAUAUGUACUUUGACAGAAAUGACUGCUCCCUUCAGCUUUCCAAAAUAAUGAAAUAGGUUAUAUUCUAAAUAACAGUAGAUGAGUAUCUGAAACUGAGCUUGCAGCAGGUGAGAAUGCAUUCUCAUCACACUACCAGCAAAUGUAUUAUGGUAAUACAGUUCAGUGGCAGAUCCAGAAAAUCCAUUUGGGGUUGGGGCCAAAUGACAUGAGGAGGAAUGCCAUGGGAACUUUGGGGGAGGUUUGAAGAGGGAUGAAAAUAAAUGUAUAAUAAAAUUAUAACUGUCGCAAAAUUUAGAGGGGCCUAGGCCCUAGAUCCGCCUCUGCAGUUGAUAAACUAAUACACUAGCCCAGACCACAAAUUGACUAGCCUGAGUUUGUCAAACCCUGCCACCAGGUGAUUUGGGGUGUGAUUUGAGAAUAGCUUGAUGUUUGCGACAGCAUUCUCGCUUCAUUGAAACUUUCAACAGUAUGUUCUUAGUACCAGAACAGAACUUUGAAAACUCGCUCGAAGGAAAGUGCCAGGCAUUUUUCGCUAAAUGUUUGUAAAUUAUUUCGUCUGGUUCCCAUAUUAGUCAUUCAGUUUACUGUGUAGCAUAAAAUCUAAUAUAGUGAGCGUUAGAAAUAAAUGGCUGGCUCAACAUAAACCAGACUGGACUAAAAACUUUAGUGAAGUCUGUAAGAGACUUGAAUUUUAAAUUUCAAAUUUCUGAAUAAAUGCCCUGUUUUAAGAAGACACAGACUUAAAGGAUUGUGUCUAAGAAGUUUGAUAUUAUGUGAAAAAAUUGUGUGUCAUAAUCAUGCACUUGAUUUGUUGAUGUCAUGAUAAUAGAAUGGGACAUAACUAGUCAACAAUGUUGACUUUAGUAAGCAACAUUGGAAGCAGAAUUUCAAAAGGCUACGGGUUUAACUGAUGAAUGUGUGUUUAAACAUUAAAAACUGCCAUUUUAAAUAGGUAUGUUUUAAUGUAUUUGUUGUAUCAAUAUAUUUUAAUUUCUUACUUCUGACAUUAUCUGGUAAACACAGAUGGUGACAAAGAGGGAAAUAAGUUUAUCAAAACAAAACUAUAAUAAUAACGGGGCCUAAUGAGCUAUUUUGACGGUGAAAUACUUAAUAAUCAGAAUUUGUUUUCACAAAAAUUGAUAUGAAAUUCCAACUAUUAAACCAAAUUUUGUUAUUAAAAUAGUCUACCUUUUUAUCCUACUACUUACAGAGAUAAAGUUAUAGCUCUAAGCUUCCUUGCCAUUUGUUGUCUUAAAAUAUAGGCUAUAUAGCCAAGUUAAAGCUUUUUUUUACUUCUUUUUUUCCCUUCUCUUCUUGUCUAAUUUUCUUUUUUGAGGGGUUUCUGAUGGAUAUUUCUUAAAGAUAAAUUAAUAAAUAUUGGAAUAUUAAAUUGCUGCUUAAAAUUUGUUAAAAUAUAAUUAUUGUUUUGUCUGUUUGCUGGAUGUUGGAAAUGUGAUAUCUUGGAAGAGUGGUUUUACAUUAUUUCAGAAAAUUUCAAGUAUUGUGUAUUGUAGAGAAAAGCAAUUAAAUGGUAUAUUCUUUUUUCUUUCUGUUUUUUAAAUUUUAGUUAUUACACAUUCAGCAAAGCUAUUAUGAUUGUGGCUUGCUUGAAGAUUGUGUGUAUAACAUGAGAGAAGAACAUUAUUUUUCUGAGACACUUUGAUUAACAAAAUUAUAUAAGGAAACAAGUUGGGCAUUUAUUUUGCCUUAUGUAUGAGAGGCCAAAUAAAAAAUAAAUAAUCAA